UCUGCAUGUAUGAUCAGCAUCGUGAUCAGCAUCGCGAUCGAGAUAGCACAAGAGUGCUUGACUGGACCCACGUGUCUCCACAAUGAAGAUGCUCAUCCUCUUCCAGACAAAACUUGAACGCCUUUUGAAGCCAUGCUCGACUAGGAUUCUCGGAGGUUGCACUACGAUCCGGCGAGCGGUCCGCUUAUCCAAGCGGAUCAAGGAAUGGUGCGAGUCUUAUAUUCUCGACGGCGACGGCGAUCGCGACCUUGGUUCGGGAUGUGAGGACACAAUGCGAAGCGGUGAAAGACUCGAGGAGUCGGAGAAACGCGUGGUCGUAGUGACAUUUCGUUUCGUUGCACAUAGGGGCACAAAGGCCCAGCACUACGGCGACGCAUUCCCGAGGGGCCCAGACGAUGUGGUCAUGUUGCAUCCAAGAGUUCAUGGACUUAUCCAUGAUCCAGGAACCGGCAUUCCAGAGAAACGAACAAUCAUGGUAAUUUACACUACAUCUGGUGUGGCCAUCGGGGAGUCGGGGAUGCUGCAAGCUGACUCACUGGCGCAUACGUCCAUUGUAACCUCUUGUAACCAUCACACCACCUUUGUUGGUGCCGGCCCGGACUGUUGGAAGUGA